AUGGAGAAUGUUAACAAUGAUUCAGAAUUUUUUACUUCUGGAGAAUUAAAUGCACCAGAAUACGUUGCCGAUUUUUUACGUUCUGUUCGCCCUGGAGAAGAGGCUAAAAAACUUCACAAUUUGCGUCAAUCUCUUACAGCCCGGUCAAACAAUGCGGCAGACCAGAUAAAAGAUAUCGUGUUUGAUCACUAUAAACAAUUUAUUGAUACAUCUAAGGAGAUCUCAAAAUUGGAAAAGGAAAUUUACCAGCUCUCGACAUUGUUGACGGAUCAACGACAUUUGUUAGAAGGACUAAUGGAAAUGACUGGACUUGAGAAGCGUUCAUCUUGCAGUGCGUCACUUACUACUAGUUCAGGAUUAAGUAGUCAACAAACACAUCAACUGCAGAUAUUAAUGAAUAGGAUGGAUGAUAUUGCACCUAUUUUAAACUCGGCUGGCGAGCAAGAGCGUAUUCUUUUACAAGGACAACUUCAAUUAUUGGACUCUGAAACAUUCAAACCAAAACACACUGUUUAUGCAGUUCUUUUGAGUAACAAUUUACUAAUUGGACAUCCAAACCCAGACAGUGGAACUGGUCAACAAAAACAUCCAUUUCAUUUGGUAUUUUCUAAUUAUAAUUUGAAUUUAUUAUUUUUCCAGGCAGCUAACUACAGCUUGGAUUCACUUGCUUUAAUAAAUGUUAAAAGAACACCCUCAAAUUUUGAUGAGUCAUCCGAAAAUAUUGUCCAGCUACUUGUUUUUCCUGAAUAUUUAUACUUGCGUUGCGAAAAUGCCCGAGUUAAACGUGAUUGGCUUGAAUCUGUUGAGGAAACAAAACGGAAACAACACGAAGAACGGGCACUUGUUAGACAGGCAACGAUAAGAGCUCGGCGUCGAAGCAUUCUUAACACAAUUGCUACACGUGCAUCAACAUCUGAUAAUAUUCGAAAUAAGAAAAGUCAUAAUCUUCAUGAAAAAAUCGACGAAGAAGAUGAAAUUGAGGAAGGAAAGCAAAGUGAACUUGGAAGACGAAGGAGGAUGUCAAUAGAAGAUUCAGUUUGGCUAAAUGAUCUAAUUAAUGAACUUCAAGAUGUAAUUUCGCACAGACACAUGGAAGAGGCAGUUGAAAUGUUGAUGGAAUGGAAAAGCUGCUCGUAUAGCGAUGCUGCUCUAAACGCCAGAUUUGCGGCAAUUGAAAAACAAGUAGUUCAAAUACUAACAGAUGACUUGAAACGAUUUAGUUCUGUUUAUGGAGGUUCUAAGGUAUUAGCACAGCCACUUCAACAACUUAUCGCACUUGGUCGUUCUACUUAUGCUAUUGAGUUAUAUCUAAAGAAACGAAGCGCUGUCCUCAGAACUGCUGCACGAGAACUCAUAAUAAGCGAAGAACCACUCUCGUAUGUUCGGCAAGUAUCCGGUCUGUUUAUUAAUGACAUAGUCGAGGUAUGUACAGAACUAUCCAUUUAUCCAAAACAACUUUGUUUAAUUAUUGCUUGGUCUUCUCGUGAGCUGGGAAUCCUACUUUCACUUAUUAGAAAAAAUGUGAUAGAGGUGGCACCUACGAUGGCUGUUUUAACAAACACAUGGCGCAUACUUGUUGGAAAAUGUUCACAUUUAUCAUAUAUUGGAUUGGACCUUAGUUUUGAGAUUAAUCGAUUAGCAGCCCCUUCAUUACGGACAGCACUUCAAGCGAAUUUUGACAAUAUUUUAGAAAGCAUUAAAUUGAGAAAUUCGGAAGAACGUUGGACACCGUUCUCGCUUGAUUCUGAUCAGAAUUUGAUCCGUUUCUUGGAAGAGAUGUCCGAUAUUGGGUUUCAAAUGGAAUGGGUAGAAUCGCCGUCUCCAGAUUACAAGUAUAGAUACGCACUUAAUGUUUCUCAGAAUGUUUGCAUGUUUGCUCGGAUUGCUCUUCAAUUGAGUAGAGAUUUGGCUUUAUUAAAUAGUUCUCCACAUUUGCAACAAAUUUCCAAUGCAUUUAUCUGUGAGAUUUGGAAUUUAGAAUUGUCUCAUUUAACUUCAACAAUGCAUCCCUCUAUUGUGCAUCAUUGUUCAAGUCGUUUUAUUAUUUCACAGGUUCUUCCUCUAUGCGAGCAAGUACUGCAAUGCGGAGAUGAUUCUGAAGGAGUUCUCUAUGAAAUUCUUCAUAAGAAAUUUUCUCAUCUAGUUCAUUUUCAAAGAAGGCCUAGCAAUCUUUACCCACAAGAUGAAGAAACAGAUGAUCACAAUGUUUUGGAGUAAGCAGAUGAAAAAAUUGUU